AUGGACACUGAUUUUCACCAAAUAAUUCGAUCUAAUCAGAAUUUAUCAGAAGAACAUUCUCGGUACUUUUUGUAUCAGAUACUUCGAGGGUUAAAGUACAUACAUUCUGCUAAUGUGAUCCAUAGAGGUUUGAAGCCCAGCAAUCUACUGUUGAAUGCUAAUUGUAAUCUUAAGAUUUGUGAUUUUGGUCUUGCCCGACCUACCGCAGAGAAUGAGUUCCGGUACAGGGCACCUGAACUGUUGUUGAAUUCCUCAGAGUACACUGCGGCCAUAGACGUGUGGUCAGUUGGUUGCAUUUUUAUGGAGCUUAUGAACAGAAAGCCUUUUUUGGCUGGAAAUGAUCACGUGCAUCAAAUGCACCUAUUGAUAGAGCUUCUGGGAAUACCUACUGACGCUGACCUUGAAUUCAACCGAAAUGAGGAUGCAAUAAAAUACAUCCGGCAACUUCCUCGUCAGCCUUUAGCAAAGAUCUUCCUACAUGUAAAUCCAUUGGCCAUUGACCUAAUCGAUGAAAUGCUGACAAUCAAUCCCAGGAAGAGAAUUACAGGGGGAAGAGAAAUAUGCAGGACUCUGUUCAAGAAAGAAUCCAUGGCAGGUUCUUGCAGUAAAGAGAAUGCAAAUGAUUCAGAUAAUGAUGGCGAUUGCUCCUUUUCUGGAUCUUCCAAGACUUUUAAUCCCGAGAAGACAGUUCAAGAAAAGAAGUCUUGGUUGAACUACGAAUUAAUUGGGAAAGAAGUUUCAAAAGUGAAGAUCACAGUGGACAAAGAGAAGGUGAAGUGGCUUAAAGCAUCAAGGGAUUAUUCGUUUUUGUCAUCUGAUAAUGAUAAGUCUAUGAUAAACCCUAAUCCUUGGAUGGUUAAGAAUGUUUCCAAAUCACGUGCUUCAAUUGCGAAGAAGAAACCUGAGGAAUCAAGAAAGGCGAAAGCGACACCAAAACCACAAGUGUUAUCAUCUAAACCAUGGAGUAAGGAAUCAGACCGGUUCAAGAACUCGGGUCAAUCAAAUCUGGAAGGUCGUGUUCUAAAGAGAAAACAAGUAAUCUAUGACUCCGAGGAUGACGAUGGCAAUGUAGAUGACAUAAAUGUGGAUUCUGAUAUUCGGAAAGAAGAAUCUUGGAGCGCAAAGAUUGCUAGGAAAGAGGAUGUUCAAGAACGCAAAAGAUCGUAG